AUGUCAAACGCAACCCUCAUCCUCGAAACACACCUCCACUCACAAUCCUCCGCCUGGACACGCUCAUUCCACCUCCGCCUCCCCCACGCCGCAGCCACAAAAUCCGACAUCUUAACCCUCGUCCGCGCCUCCCUCGCCCGCCUCGGCCUCGCCUCCCCCGUCGUCGACGCCCAGAUCACGCUCUACUUCACCCUCAACGGCCGCGUCCUCUCCCUCCCGGGAACCUCGACGGUCACGACAUCAUCCAUCAGCAUCCCGGUCUACGACUACAACCCCCCUCAAAUCAUCUCUUACUCAAUCCCGCAGCAACCGGCCUGGCCCCUCGCACUCACCUACGCAAACGGCAUAAACCACCUGCACACCUACGGCCCCGCCUACCAACAACACCCACAACAAACAACAACACUCAUCAACCCCGGCGGCACUCUCACCUUCCUCAACCUCAACCUCGCCCUCGCCCUCCCCUCCUCCUCCGCCAUCGGCGCAAACCGCCCCGUGGUCUCCGACGUCGUCCGCGAAACCCGCCUCGACGCCGUCGCAGAGGACGCCCUCGCCGGCCUGCUGGACUGGGCCCUCGGCCCCAACGGCCUGAAGCUCGUCCUCCUCGUCGACGUCGACGGGCGCGACGUGCUCCCCGCCGUCGUCGCGUUGCCGGAGCCCGCGCCGCUGUCUUCGCCUGUUCCUGCGACGCCACCUCCGGCUUCUAGCCCCCCUCCGCCGGCUGCGUCCGAUGCCGAGGCUGCGACUGCGGAGUGA